AUGGUUUCAGACUGGAUUGGCAAAACAACUGCUCAACCUCGUCUUUGUUCAAAACCUGCCGAGUAUUCAGCAUGUACUACAACAGCAGGUCUUGCUAUUGCAGCAUGCAAUGGCAAGGUUGUAAGUGUUCCUGAUUUGGUUUACUAUCAAUGUUUGUGCACUGGAAAUCAGCAACUACAGCAAUGCUAUACAGUAUGUCCUGAUGAUCCACAGUUGCAGUUGCAAGCUACCAUACAAAACCAGUCCGUGUUUUCUACAUGCAAGGCAUCCCAGGACAUGGAGGCUGCAGCUUCAUCUGCGUCCGUAACUAUAAGCUCGACGAGUUUGCAUCCCACAUCAACUUUAGUAGCACUUACUACAAGCACUCUGUUGUCGGUAAUGACCACAUCAAGCAUUCGGACAGGAACACUAAUGCCAAGUCCAGAACCUUUGACAUCUGCUCAACAUACUCUAGUUGUGGUAGGUGCCCGGACAAAUGCAUCGCCAAUGCCCACUACAUCAGGAAUUGGUACUCUUCCACCUUCAUGGGCUUUAUCUGGCAGCCCAACUCAAAGCAUGUGGCGUCCCAUGAACUAUAUUUUACUUGCAUGGAUCUUUCGUUUUAUAAUGAUGAAUGAGAUGGGUUGA